GUGAAGAUGCUGGUGAUGAUCGUGGUAGUGUUUGUGAUCUGCUGGGCUCCUAUGUUGAUCGACAACUGCCUAACAGCAUGGCAGAUCCUGGACAGUGAAAGGCCGGGGAGUAUACUUAAACACAUGUAUACGGCCUUCACACUCAUGGCCUACUUCAACAGCUGUGUCAAUCCCAUCGUGUACGGCUUCAUGUCAAGAAACUUCAGGGAGAGUUUCCAGAAGGCCCUGUGUAUCUGCUGGAGGAAGACUCCCCGGAGGCAACUCUCGGUGACCCAGACUCGCACCGCCUCCCUGAGAUACGGCGAGAGGUCCUCCUCAGUAUUGAUCAGCCACUGUGCAGUGUCCUUGCAACCCUGAGACUCGAUGAGACCAGACGACAUUGUCAUUCAGACAGAAAAGUUCUAAAGGCCACUGAGAGUGGCAGUGUUCCAGACGACUCCGAGGUUGUGUGUGUUUUGUCAGGUGAACUCAUUAUCGAAAAGCAAUGGGGGCUCUUUCUCGCUCACAUAUUCCAUACAGUGUUGCCAACACGAAUAUACGUCAUUCGUUCCUCUGAUAGUGUUGUACUGCGUAAAAAUUCAUGGGCAUUUAAUGUUUCACGUUUGGUGGUUUGUAAAAAUAAAUAUAUUUUAUUUCCGUCCAUAUAAAAGCAGGAAUUAUACAGAAUGAACCAAUGAUUAGGAUGAACACUGUGUGUAAUUUAUCUAAUUCUUUUAAUACGUGUAAAUAAUAUAAACAGCCUAAGAUGAAAUUUAUUGCGAUUGUGCUAUUAAAAUAAGACAAAAAUAUGAUGUACUUAGGUCUUAAAACUUAGAUUUUUAGUCACUGAAUCAUGUUGCAUGUAUAUAUACAAUAUAAAUUAUUAUAAUUUU